AAUGUUAAAUACAAGUUCAAUGAAUUUAGGAGACACUAGCAAAGUUUAUAAGUAAAGCAAUCAACUUGGAAUUUUAUCUACUGCUAUUAGUAAAAUAGGGAAUUCAGAUCACUCUUUUCAUAAAGGAGUAAAAGCAGCAAAUACUACAAAUGUAUCUCCUGUAAGAAUGAGAUUGUUUAGAGAAUCACCAGAACGAAAACAAAGAGGACUCGAUGGAUUAGUUGUAGGAGAGUUUCAGUAAUUUAAUUAGUAUUAUACUAUUAGUCCUCGUAAAUAAACAUAAGUUGUGUAUAGUAGCAUUCAUUAGAGUUCAUCUCCAAUGAUUCAUAAACCUUAAUAGAAACAAUAAUUUUAGGAUUCACCCACAAGAGCUAAAUAGAAAAUAGAUAGAUUUAAGAAUUGGGACUCAAAAUUAGACAUUGAAUUAUAAUUACAAAAUACUGGGAUUACUAGAAUGGGAAAUGAUAUAGUCUAUCAAUCUGGUCCAUAACUUAAUUAUACAAAAUCAAUAUAAUUUAAUGAGAGAUUAAAUAGAAAUAAUCCUUCAAUUUCACAAUCAGAUAUUGUAUAAUUAACAGCUAAAUUAAAUGCAAUACCAAGAACAGAAUUAACUAAUUUUACAAGAGGGUAUUACAUAAUAAUUAUAAUUAUAGACAUGCUCAUGAAUUAUCCACACUUUAAUAAUCAUUACAAAGGAUAUUGAAAUCAAGCAAAGCCUAUUGAA